GUGUGUGUGUGUGUGCGCGCGCGUGUGUGUGUGUGUGUGUUAAAAAAACGCAACGACAACGUACCGUACUGUCGUUAAGAGUUACAGAAUCCCGCUAUAGGUCACGUAUAUAUUAUAUAAUUAUAUUAAAAAAGUUGAUCAUCUUUGAUAAAUCAACAAUUUAUCAAGUGAUAUUGCAAGUGGUAUUGCAAGAGGUUGCAUCGGUUACGAGUGCAUUGAUGUAUUUUUCAUCAAAUAGUCAAACACUGCAAACAAAUACAGUUACGUCGCUUAUAAUAAUAUUUUAUUCUCUAUAGAAACCCCGACUAUAUUGCAGAGUGAGGAAAAAAUAUGGCCAUACAGUUCGUCAGACAGAGAUUCUUCAGCAUCGCAAGAGAAUUGGGUAAAAUAAGAUUUUUGAGUUCCCAGCAAAUAAUGGAUCGCGAAAACAAGUACGGUGCUAGAUACAUCAGUCCGAUGCCAGUUGUUAUCUCUCGCGGGGAAGGAGUUUAUUUGUGGGACUUGGAUGGGAAACGAUACCUCGAUUUUCUGGCAGGAUUCUCGACUGGCAACCAGGGUCAUUGUCACCCGCGUCUGGUAAAAGUAAUGAGGGAUCAAGCUGGAAAGUGUGCUCACACCUCGAGAGCCUUCUAUACGGAACCUCACGGCGAAUUGGCAGAAUAUCUGACAAAACUCUUGGGAUGGGAUAGGUUUUUACCUAUGAACACAGGUGUCGAAGGUAAUGAGACAGCCAUAAAAUUGGCUAGACGCUGGGCAUAUAGAGUGAAAAAGGUGCCGAACGGAAAAGCUACAGUUGUGUUCGCCAAGGGGAAUUACACGGGCCGUUCAUUAGCAGCUGUAUCAGCAUCAACAUAUCCAGAAUAUUACACAGAUUUCGGGCCGCUUAUGCCUCUUUUCGAGAAGGUGCCGUACAAUGAUCCGAUCGCAUUGGAACGAAAGUUUCAGGAGAACCCCAAUAUCUGCGCUUUUAUGGUAGAACCCAUUCUGCAAGAAAUCAUGACUGUGCCGACUGAUGGUUAUUUGAAACGUGUUAGAGAAUUAUGCACAAAGUACAACGUUUUAUGGAUCGCUGAUGAAAUAAUGACUGGUCUCGGCAGAACUGGUACGCGUCUAGCAGUUGACCAUGAAGGCUACAGGCCGGAUAUUCUUGUUUUGGGUAAAACACUUUCCGGCGGGAUGUAUCCAGUUUCCGGUGUUCUGGCGGAUAAUCAGAUAAUGCUCUGUUUGGAUUUUGGUUCUCAUGGAAGCACCUUUGCUGGAAAUCCGCUUGGGAAUAAAGUCGCUUUGGAGGCAGUUAAAAUUGUGGAGGAGGAGAAUUUGACGGAAAACUCAAAGAGGCUCGGAAAUAUUUUAAAGGAAGAAUUAGAAAAACUGCCGAAGAAUAUCGCGACGGAAUUCCGUGGACGCGGCCUUCUGGCCGCUCUCGUGAUAAACAAAGAUUUGGCCGAUAUUUUGGAUAUCUGUUUAAAGUUGAAAGACGCUGGAUUAUUGGCGGUGCCAACACAUGGUCUAAUCAAAAUAAUGCCUCCAUUAACGAUCACGGAAAAACAAUUACGAGAAGGAAUAGACAUUCUUGUUACGGUCCUUAAAAGUUACAAAUAAAAAUGAAAAUUUUACUAAAAUUGUAGGAUAAACGUAUUUUUUGUAAUAAAAUAGUUUAACUUUUA